AUGGCCGACAACCCAGAGGAGCCAUCGCAGAAUGCGCUGGCCUCAACCUUUCCGAACCCGCCCCCGUUCUGGAGACAAUUCACAUCCGAAAAUAUAUCCCGCCUCGAAGAGCUUCGCAGAGCCCAGGCCGAAAAAGAUGGCGUCGCAGUCAAGGAUUUGCCCGUCCGUCUACCAGACAUCCCAGAAGACCUUAUGAACCUUCAACCGCCGGCCGAGCCAGCAGCAGGCACCUGGAAGGUUCUUGGAGGAAAUUAUACUCUCGACGACAAGCUUCCUUCGUUGGAGGAGGGCGAAAUCCAGCGCUUGGCGCCGGCGCACUCUGACGAAAAGGACGACAAACCCCUCGAUCGUGCAUUCGAGUUGAAGAAGAUGGCUAAGUCUCUUCUCUUGAACUUUUUGGAACUCGUCAGCGUCAUGGCGACAGUGCCGGACGACGGCGCCGCCAAAAUCCAAGACCUUCGUACUCUCCUCAUCAAUUUUCACCACCUUCUCAACGAAUACAGACCCCAUCAAGCACGCGAAUCGGCCAUCGCGCUGAUGCAAUCGAACCUCGAUCGCACACGGGCCGAAACAGCAGCCAUCAGGGCGCAGGUGGACAAGGCGAAGCGCGUUCUCGAGGGCCUUGGCAGCAUUGAUACCCCCAAGGCACCGGAAAAUGUUACAUCAGCCGUUGACGGUGAACUGACCGCCAAAGAGGCGGAGGCGUUUGGCAAGGCAAGGGAACAGGAAGUGUGGGCGGAUGCGGAUGCGUUGUUUCUCUAG